AUGUCAGAAAAAGGAAAGAAAGAUAAAAAGAAGUCAUCUAGUAAGGACAAGGAUAAGAAAGACGAUAAGAAAGGCACUCCCAAGAAAAGCAGUGCUAUUAGUGAUAAAAAGUCAACUAAAAGCAAGAAAGGCGAAUCGCCAUCAGCUUCCAGAGCUGAUCUAAAGUCUGAACUUGAAAGCCAGCCGGAUAUUACCAGUAAGAUAGGUACUCAAGAUGGCGCUCAAAUGCAAGGCCAAAAUCAAGGUUUUCCACCAGGGUUUGGUGGAUAGCCUGGAGGCAUUCCAGGAUAUCAAGGAGCUCUAGGCUCUUCUUCAAACUAUGGAGGACUAAUGGGUGGCUAAUUCGGUGCCAUGAUGAAUGCAGAAGGCAAGAAGCAUUGUUUCCUUCACAACCAGCAGCUGAGAUAUUUCUGCGAUUCUUGUGAAGAACUGAUUUGCUAUGAUUGCACAGUAAUGGGGCCUCAUAACACCUAACUCCAUCGUAUUUCAUCUAUGGAGGAGGCAUUCAGAUCCAGAUUUGAUUUGAUUAAUAGAUCCAUUCAUCACUCAGUAGUGCCAAAGAGAGCUCAGCUAAUUGCUCAGAUAGUAAGACUAGAUCAUAGAAUUGAUGAAAUCAAGACAGUCAAGUCAGUAAUUGAGAAGGAUAUUAGAAACGAGUAUGGAGCUAUAAUGGAGAGAUUAAGGAGUAGCGAAGGUGUCAAGAUGGCUGUACUUUAGCAUGAUAUUGCUGAGGUGUAAAAGGAUAUAACGAGGAUUGAUGAGAUCUUAAUGACAAUGGAAGAAAUAGCUAGUGGAAAUGGAUAAAUAACUCCUUAGUAAUAGCAAUAAUUAGCCCCAGAUAUUUUGGCAUUCCUGCAUAAAUAUAGAUAAAUAAAUGAGAACAUUGAGUAUGCAGUUACUAAGCAAUUCAAGGUUGAAAUAGAUGUUUAUCCUAAUGAUUUACCCCGUGAAUUGGCUGAGAGAAGAGUUUUGAUGGAGCAUUACGAGGAAUAGAGAAAACUAUUAAAGUUCAAGGAUGAUGUUAUUUGGAAGUUAUCCCAGGAGUUGAAGAAGAAAUAUGAUUACUUCCAGGAUGAGUUCGAUAAGGAAACUCGCCAUGAAAUGAACGAAUGGGCUAGAUUAGUGGACAGAUAUGCUGGAGAACUUAAAAAAUAUGAACUCGUAUGUUCCUUCUGUGGCCAGCACUUAGCUGACUCUAAUGUAAAUGGAGAGUGCAUUGAGAAUACUAUUGCUAUUGCAUCAGGAGGCAGAAUGGGUUUUACUGCUCCUCCUACUAGAUAAAACUUAUCAGCUACUCCACAGCAGGUACUUGCUCAACCUUCUGAUAGAUCUCAAGUAAUUUACUAUACAGAUGAAGAUCCUCCUGCUGAAGCAUUCGGAACUAAGAGACAUUUCUUCGGAAAGCCAUCACUCAAGGGAUACAAGCAGAAUCCUUUCAGGACUCAGACAGCUGGUCUUUUGAAAGAGGAGGUAAUUCUUCAGAAUUUAGAGGCUGCCGCUGUACUCAAGAAAAUCUACGAGAUGGAUCAUCACAUGAAAAUAGACUUAGACUCUAAAUUCAGAUAGUUCGAUCCCAAUAAUACUGGUAUCAUAAAGAAGAAUGAUUUCAUCAAUGUCAUCUUUGAGAAUGUAAGAAGCAUCUAAGCUAGUGAACUGAUGCAAUUCAUGAACCUAUUCACUACAAGCUUUGAUGAUGUGGUGAAUUAUGACGACUUCUUAAAGGUUCUCUACAAAUUCGGAGACAUGCCCUUCCAGAACCCCAAUGCCUACAUGUCCUAACAGAACUUUAAUCAAGACUAUUCCCCGCAGUAAGAUGGUUUCUUAAGACAGUCUUCUUAACAACCACAUCAAGACUAAGUAUCUGGAAACAUUGAAGUCAUGCAAAAUUUAAGAGAUGCUCUCUUACAUAGACUGCAACCUAAGCAAAAGGAAAUAGUGGAGAGAAUCAGAGGCUAAUUAAGGGAUUAAAAUAUUGAGGAAGUUUUGAGAAAGUUUGCUAGGGACAACAAGGAUCACAUCAAUGAAGACGAAUUACUGAUAGGUAUAAGCAAGAUGAAUGCCAAUGUCUACCUUGCAGACAUCAAGGAAUUAGUUAACUUGCUCAAGAAUGGUAAAGAAGGCUCUAAGAUAUCCAUUGCUGAAACAGUGUAGUUAAUUGCAUAAUGA